AUGGACACUCUUAUAACGGUAUCGAUCAUGGCCCUAAUGCUCUUUGCAAGGUCGGAAACCGCACGUGCCGCCACUCUUGUCGUAUCCAACCAGCUGCAAACUCGUAAAAACGUUGCCGUUUUCGUCACGUGCGGACCAACCCCUGAGCUGUCCGAAUCCGUACAUGUGGGUCAAAAAACGGUGAUAGACAUCCCAAAUGCUGCCGGCGAUAAUGAAAAUGCGGAGGCAUCUAGGGUUUUAUCCCAUACGAGAUGUGUAGGAACGUUUUACGUCAAAGCACAUGAGUCCGCGCCAUACGAGACGUGGUACGAUUUGUAUGAUUCAGACAAAGAUAACUGUAAAGACUCAUGUUUCGUCACUGUCAAGGACGAUGGAUUUUUUCGUUGGAACAAUAACAAGAGAACCUGGGAUAGGAUCCAUUCAAAGACUUGGUGGUACUAAUCAUAUCUUUUGUUUUAUUGUUAUUU